AAAAUGGGACCCCAUGCAAUGACAGAUUCCAGAGAUGACACAAACAAAAUUAGCACAAGGUUCCUCCAAGUGAGGUGGUAGGUCGUCGUCGUCAAUAAAAACAAAUGGAAGCCCAGGCUCUUCCAUGGCUUCCCAGUCCUUCAAGAUGCCCAAUUUAUAACUUCCACCAUCAUAGAUAAUUAUUUCCCACUUGUAAUAAAAUCUCCAAGAAAUGCUCCUCUCCACUAUACUUCCUACCAGACUUUGGCUGCCAUUGCUUCUCACAAAAAAUGACGUCAACGACGACUACUCUUCCCAAACCCACUUCCAAAUCCUUGCUUCGUGGUCCUUCUAUGCUUAAUCAAACAAAACCCAUUUCGUUGCUCCGGUUUCCAGCUUCGAAAUCUGAGUUUUUUGGUUCAAAGAAUAAAGCUCUGUCAAAGACCAUGACUGAAUUGGUCAGAACAUCUGUUUUUAGAGCUAGUUAUGGUGGUAACAGUGAAGAAAGUACAGGAUCUUUUCAGCAAGGAGAUGUUAUUCACGGGCCUGAUAAGUUUCAAAGUGUGCUCCUGGCUGGUAGACUGGAAGCCACUCUCAAUUGCCUGAGCAAAUGGCUUGUAGUUACUUUUUUUUGUGCUGUCAUUCUUGGGAGGCAUGAUGCAAAAGCCAUGUGGGCUGCUUUGGGGUUAGUUGUGAAUUCAAUCCUCUCUGUAAUCCUUAAGAGAACAUUCAACCAAGAGAGACCCGAUUCGACAUUGAGGUCUGACCCUGGGAUGCCAUCUUCACAUGGACAAUCCAUCUUCUUCACUUUGGUGUUCGCUAUUCUGUCAGGUAACGUCCCUCUUUAUUUGACUUGUUAG